CGGGCUGGACAAGAUGGCGUUGGUGGCUGUGUGGCUGCUGGCCGCGUCUCCACCGAGCGCCUGACGACGCGGCGGACUGCGCGGACGGGACACGGCGACAGCAACAACAACAACAGCAGCAGCAGCAGAGCAGCACAUCUCACAUUUCCACUUGACAGCUCCAGUCCUCUGGAAGUUUCAGAACAUCGUCCGUGUUCCGAAUCGACGCCACAAAACCGAGAUCAUCGAAAUAACAGCCAGCAACACAACCCCCCCCCCCCUGGUCUCCUUCAUCGUGAAGCAGGAACGUCGUCGUCUUCUUCGUCGUCGUCUUCAUCGUUGUCAUCGUGGUCCGGCCGCUCUCCUCGUAUGAGUUCCUCGGACGGGUCUGGCGGGAGCUCAGCGGCCCGUGCCAGCCCAGCAGCAGCAGCAGCCUGCAGCAGCAGCGAAAAGAUUUCCGAUAACAACCGCCAUCCCCUGGUUGGAGACUGUGAAUCUGGCCUCAUGAAGCGUGCAGCUGUGAAGCAGAUGAUAGAGCGGUAUUAUCACCAGCUGACGGAAGGCUGUGGCAACACCAGCUGCUCCAACGAAUUCUGUGCCUCCAGUCCAGCCUUCAAGCCUCUGGAUAACAACAGUGCAGCAAUCAGGGCUGUAGAGCUAUGCCGUAACAAAGCCAAGCUGUGUGACCCGCACCCUUCCAAGAGGGGAGCUUCUCUCUGCCACAUCGACUACUACUCGGAGGGCGACCUGGCGUCCCAGGACAGCCGGAUAGCCGAGGGAGCCGUGGCGUUGGGGAAGGCGGCACAGCCCCACAGGCAGGACUUCCCAGAUGUAAGAUUCCUUACGGAGGAGAAGCUGGAGGAGAUAAUGCAGACAUGCACCAGCGUGGGAGACCUGUCUCCGCUUGUGCGGGUCAUAGGCCGCAUCUUCUCGAGCGCCGACGCCCUCGUCCAGAGCUUCCGCAAGCCCAAGCAGCCGUCCAAGGAGGAGCUCAAGUCCCUGCAGACCAAGGACGAGGACAAGGACGAAGACGAGAAGGAGGUGUUUGUGGAUGCGCCCAUGGAAGUGGAAGAGGCUGCGGCGGCCACGGCCGAAGGUGGCAAUGUGGCGGCCGCGGGGGCGGCAGCGUCGUCGUCGAGCGGCCAGACGGAGGCCAAGAAUCACUUGGUUGAGCUGGGGCCCGACGAGGUGACGUUGGACAUUGAGGCGGUGCGUCGCGCUUACCGGCUGCUGCUGGCGCAUGACAGGAUAGAGACGGCGAUUCUCAAUGCGCUGUUAUGCCUGUCGCCCAACGUGGAGUGCGAACUGACGUACCAUAACAUGUACGUGCGGGACCCCAACUACCUGAACCUGUUUGUCAUCAUCAUGGAGAACCACAACCUGCACAGUCCCGAGUACCUGGACGUCGCGCUGCCGUCAUUCUGCAAGGCCAUGAGCAAGCUGCCACUCGCCGCGCAGGGCAAGCUGGCGCGGCUGUGGUCGCAAUACAGCCCAGACCAGCUGCGACGCAUGCUGGAGACCUUUCAGCAGCUCAUCACGUGCAGGGUCAUCACGCAGGAGUUCAACAGCCGCAACUUGGUGAACGAGGACGACGCGGUGGUGUCGGCCACCAAGUGUCUCAAGGUGGUGUACUACGCGAGCCUGCUGGGCGGCGACGUGGAGAAGGGCCACAUCGAGGAGGAGGAGGACGACGACGACGAGCCCGUGCCGGAUCUGAACGACGCCACGCUGCGCGAACUGCUCGGCGAGGACCGCCACAACAAGAAGGGGCCGCGCAUUGACCAGCUGGAGGCCGAGCUGAGCCUGCGCAGGACCGACUGCCGCAAGCCGAUGAUCCCGUACGAGGAAUUCAUCAACGAGCCGCUCAACGACGUGCUGGAGAUGGACAAGGACUUCACGUUCUUUAAGGUUGAGCAGGACAAGAAGUUUUCGUUCAUGACUUGCCCAUUCAUCCUGAGCGCCGUCACCAAGAACCUGGGCCUGUAUUACGACAACCGGAUACGCAUGUACAGCGAGCGGCGGAUAACGGUGCUCCACAGCCUGGUGCAGGGCCAGCACCUGCACCCCUACCUCAGGCUCAAGGUCCGCAGAGACCACGUCAUCGACGACGCGCUCGUUCGGUUGGAGAUGAUUGCUAUGGAGAACCCUGCGGACCUGAAGAAACAGCUGUACGUGGAGUUUGAAGGAGAGCAGGGUGUGGACGAAGGUGGCGUCUCCAAGGAGUUUUUCCAGCUCGUCGUGGAGGAGCUCUUCAACCCAGAUAUAGGAAUGUUCACGUUUGACGAGUCGACGAGGCUCUUCUGGUUCAAUCCGUCGUCGCUGGAGAACGAGGGCCAGUUCACGCUGAUCGGCAUCGUGCUGGGGCUCGCCAUCUACAACAACUGCAUCCUCGACAUCCACUUCCCCAUGGUUGUCUACCGCAAGCUCAUGGGCAAGAGGGGGACCUUUCACGAUCUCGCCGACUCCCACCCGGCGUUAUACCAAAGCUUGAAGGACCUGCUGGCCUACGAAGGCAGCGUGGAGGAUGACAUCAUGGCCACCUUUCGCAUCUCCUACUUCGACAUGUUUGGCACCCCCAUCACUCAAGAUCUGAAGGAGAAUGGCGAGGACAUUCCUGUCACUAAUGACAACAAAAAGGAGUUUGUCGACCUGUACGCCGAGUACAUCCUCAACCAGUCGGUGGAGAAGCAGUUCAAGGCGUUCCGCAGAGGCUUCCACAUGGUGACGAGCGAGUCGCCCCUCAAGGCCCUCUUCCGGCCCGAGGAGGUGGAGCUACUCGUGUGCGGCAGCCGGGUGCUGGAUUUCCAUGCCUUAGAAGAUGCAACGGAAUAUGAUGGUGGAUUCAAUAAAAGUUCAAGAGUCAUAAGGGACUUCUGGGACACAGUGCACGAUUUUUGCGAAGACAAAAAGAGGUUGUUCCUUCAGUUCACCACCGGCACAGACCGGGCACCUGUCGGCGGUCUGGGAAAACUCAAAAUGAUUAUCGCCAAGAACGGCCCCGACUCGGACAGAUUGCCCACGGCACACACCUGCUUCAACGUGCUGCUGCUUCCAGAGUAUUGCAGCCGGGAAAAGCUCAAGGAGAGGCUACUCAAAGCCAUCACCCACGCCAAGGGCUUUGGCAUGCUCUAGGCAUGCUCUAGGCAUGCUCUAGGCAUGCUGUAGCCGCUGCCUAGCCUCCAGGAAAGGGGGGUGGUGGUGGUGGUGAUGUGAAGGGGAGUUGGAGGAAAUCCCCACCAGUUGGGCCAACACAUUUUUAGUUUUGCCUCCCGGCCGCAACUCAGCACAGGCUUUGCAGCAAGGCUACAGUGAUUUGCCAAAAUCAAAUGAAACCACAAAGAUAGCAGCGAGUAAGACCCCUCACAAGCCUUAUUAAUUUGCUUCCGAACUCGUUAUGGCUGUUCUAAAUGAUGACAGCCGCAGUUUUUUUUUCCAUCACAAGAGUAUCGUUAAAAUCUACUUUGUUUAUUCUUCCUUCAAUGCCCAUGUAUGUUGCUGCUAAUUUAUAGUUGUUUUCAUACAUUUUUUUUCUUGUUAUAUAUAUCAAUUUUGACGUAAAAACAUUUGUGGUCAUUGUUGAAUUAAAGCAUUUUCCCCCACUGUCAAUUAAGGUUUUUCACAUUUUUGAUUUUUGUUACAUUUGACAUAUUUUUCUUCUUUGUUAAAGUGCAAACAUUUAAAAAUAAUGAUUAAAUUGUUCUAUUAUUUGCCACAGCCCAGGGUAAGAGAGCGGUCAUUGAAUGGUUAUCUUGUCCUGAAGAUAUUGUUUUCGAGAUUCGAAUUGAAAGCUUUGCAUGACUGCAUACUAAUUAUUUUUUUAACUAACCAUCAUUUAAUAAACAACUAAGCAUAUAAUUUAAGUGGUAAAUGUACACUGAUAGAAAUAUUCCAAACGCGGAUUAAAUAAACUGUCCAAAUUAAUAUCUUAGUAUAACACAUGCUAAAGCAAACCCUUUUAUGUGGGGCAGUCAAAACAUUUUGAGAGCUGGAUAUUGUUGAAGCACGUACAUUUAUUUAUUAUAAUGGGCCCUUAAAAUCACAGCGCUUGCUAUAUGAUAGGUACACAAAGAUGAGGCUUAAAAACAACGAAAUACUGUGACUUUUCUUUCUCGUUCUUUAACAACUGCUAUGUCUGCCCCAUGUUGAGCAAUGAUUUGUGUUUGCAGUGGUGAAUGUGAUGUUUACAGCGAAAAGAUAAAUUGUAAAGCAUGCAUUUGUGGCAGAUGUUGCAAUAACUACUUACCAAUGGCAAAUGUUACAAACCAAACUUCUGUUGGCAUGCGCCAAAUUACCAAACUUGUAAAACUAGAUGAAAAUACAUACAAUUGAAAUCAUUACAAAGAAAUCAAGGUCUUUAUAGUUUUUUCAAUGAAAAGGUUCUUAUAGAUAUGUACGGAGCUAAGAUGCGAUAAUAUCCACGGUAAAUGUUCCAUGUCACCACUGUCUUGUUCGGUGCUCACGAUUGAGUUGCGGUUUAAAUGGUUCAUCCACAGCAUUUGUAGUUUAGCUCGGGCACUUAUUAUACCGAAAUAUGUCCAGUUGUCAAGAUAGUUUAGUAAACGUGUUUUUUUGUCAAGGGACGCAAACGUCAAUUUGUCCAUUUAAUAUAAGCACUCUGCCUCGAAAUUACCAAGACUAGUCUGUUGGUUUAUAAGUCUUCCAAUAGACACCUUGUACUUUUAAAAGAAACUACCCCAUUGCGAUCGACUCUUUCUGCACACUGAAGCAUACUGCACACCACCUUACCUUGUUCAUACCAUUUUUUAACGGGACUUAACCAAUGUGAUUUUAAAAGCAGAAAUCUCUGAAUAUAAUUGCCAUGUAUUGACAGCCCUCCACGUUACUGAGACCACACUUCCCGUAUUUUGUCAAAAAUAAAUAAAAUCUGAUAUGGCACUUGUGCAUGUACUCUGUUAAAUUAAACUUUUGCUGAUGUUUCUAAAGCCAUUGAAAUUUAUAUUGACAUGAACGUUUGUGUUUCUCCAUCUCCGCAAAGAAAUUGGUUUGCCAGCGAGGAGUCUUGUAAAUUAUUUUGGCUUUAGGUCACAAUAAAGCGUAUGCACUUAAGCACAUGUUGCGCUUUACGAUCACCAUCAGUCGUAGGCGAUUACUAAAUGAAAGCCUCACCGUUCUCUGAUAUCACGAAUCAUCUCGUGCACAUGAGCUAAUCUCAUCGCUCCAUGUCUGGCGGCCGCCGAUUUGUCACCAGUCACAUGGACCGGUCCUCAAUCCUUACAGGAAUGUCCUGCCCAAGCCCACUUUCGGUCACGGUCCAUAUGAUGUUUGUCUAAUUAACUUUUCAUCUAUUUGAUUUUCUGUCACGAUGUAAUUCCCAAUGCACAUUGCAUGCCUUUUGUACUAUUGAAUCUUUGGUCCCUUUGUUAGUGUCCAUGUUUUUAAAUGUCAUCGCAGGUAACGUCCACCGAUUCCAAACUUUACUUCUCGAAGCCCGUUGGUAAAUGUAUUUUCAAUAUCAAAUUCAGUUUUACAGAAGCACUUAUCCCUGUUGUCAUUUGCUAUAAUUAAUAAUUUUAAUGCUUAUCCCUAUUUCAAUUAUUGUCCAAUUGUUUUAUUUUGUGUAGCAAACUGGAACAGUACUUGUAUCGCUUGCAUCAACACGCAUUAACAACUUCGGAGUAAAUGCAUGCACGAAUUAGAAUAACCUGAAAGGAGAGCAGAUCGUGAUUUCAAUUUUUUUAAACAUUGCAAUUAAUUACUGGAAACUGAUGACUUUGUGCUAAAUGGUGGCAAUGUAAGUAUCAUGCUUUGCUGGCCAAAGAGUUUCAUUUUCACAAUGGUGGCGACGACACUGAUCAUAAGUCGAGCAGAGGCCAAGACUUGGUAUGAACGAGAAAGUCCGCUGAUGACAGGCCACACCCACAGAUCAUUGAUGUUGGUUGUGCUUUUCUGAGAACUUAAUUUCAGCAGUGUUUCAUAAUUUGAUGGUGCAUACUUAGAUUUUGGUUGGGCCUGGGAGUUCUCAUCAUGUUAACACAAGUUCGGAAUGCAAGCCAAGUCAUUGCAUCGAACAAGUGUACAUAUUUGUGCACCAGUUCUGUCUACUCUUGCUUGAUUGUAUUUUAAUUUGAGCACCAGUGAUUGGUCUACUAUUGCUUGGUUUUGUUUUAAUGCAGCAUCUCUUAAGCUUUCACCGAGUGCAUUGGAAUCCUUUUUUGGGGGCCGAAUAGGAUCCAUCCAUGAUCCUUCAAGGCCUAAGAAGGUUAGACUUUCAGUGUGGGGCUAGAUUCGUACGCAGCAUUAAUUUCCACAGCAUAGAGAAAGAAAUGUAACAGGAUGCAGUGUGUGAACAAUUUGACUUAGCGAUCACAAGCAGCCAAUCGUGAGCCUAUUGUCUUAUUGCUAAAAUCAUUUCUUUGUAACAUCAAUUUUCUCUCACAAAUUAGAGUUUGAAGGGUUAUAAACGCUAUGGGGAAACGUGUUUCUUGAAACAAACGUGCUCUCUUGAAACUCGCUGCACUGGCACAGCUCUGUAAAUGUUUUGGAGUCUAGAGUCGAUAUUUUAAUAACUUUCCGUGCAUCAGCAUUUAUGUCGAUCAUGUCUGAUGUCCGAUUCAAUGCCACUUAAAAGUUACAGGGCAGGAGACUGUACGUAGGAGGCCAGCUUGAUUCGAGUAAAGGGAAUUUUACUGAUACCAAGGUUAAUGUGUACAACAUGCCACAUUUCUACAGCAAUGUCUUGUGGAACCUGUAAUGUUUUCUUUAAACGAUGCAUUGUUUUAACUCGGUGUGUAACAAAACAUGAAUGUAUGGAGUUUCCUUACUGUGUACAUGCACCCCCAAUUAUCCAGACCUUGUUAAAAUAAAAGUGCAUUUUGCAGUCACUGCUUUUGUUUGCAAGAGAAAUGUUGGUGGAGUGUAACUUUACAUUCUUAGCUCCCAAAUUCACGUCAUUUGUGGCUUAACUGGGUUUCAGUCAAAAUGCACUUGAAAACCACAGAUGCCCAAUAGAUAAAUUUUAGUUAUUUGCAGGUGUUGGUUCAAGCAGGUUUGCCGUGUUUAAUGUUUAUUUGCAAUGUUUAUUGUGCUUUUCUUGUUACUUCACAUCUUAAUAUUUUCAGGAUAAUGAAUUACAUGCAACAUUACAAUUGAGUGUCUAUUAUAAGCACAGAUCAUUGGAAGAGUGUGCAGAAUUUUAUUGGCGAACCGAAGAGGGGAUUAUUUGUUGUGUUAUUUUGAACAUGUAUUUUAAAUGAACUCUAAAAUGUGGCACAUCCCGAAGGCGAAUGUGAAACCACGUGUGUCGCAUCAUCCUGGAAUGUCUCCCCUUAUAAGGCUGUGCAUGCUUGGGAAGCACGUGCUAUUCAUCCAAACGUAAUGCCCUGCAGCUGUUUAACCGAGCUUCAUCCAGAAACUUUUGUUUCACAAUACAAUUACAGCGACAAUGCGUGGGGCUUUGGAUGUCAAGUUAAGGUGAAAUGGGUCACUGACCCUUCACAGCAUAUAAUUUAAAGAAAACGUUCUGACAAUGUUUCUUUUUACACACCACUGCAUCUUUAGGGAGAGCUGUUAAAACUGACUUGCUUAAAUUAUGAAGUGUUUUCUUUCACCGAUGACUACUCGCUCACGUAAUUUUGAGAAUUGUAUUCCAUUCUGUAGUUUAACAACAUUGGCCUCAAUGCAUCUUUUUUUAAAGGCCACUGUAGCGUAUAUUAUAUAAUUCAUUCACACAUUUAGGUGGUUUGUCCUUGGCCGGUUUCACGUAAUUGCUGAAUUGCUAAGUAAGCAGUGGCAGACUUGGGAUUUCAAGAUGUGGAUGCAGGUCAUGAGCAAUUGUGACUGGCUGUUUGCAGACCAGACAAAAAAAAUCAAGUUUCACUCCGACACAUAUACAGUACUUUGUCCUCUUGCUUGUCCCCUGCUGUGUAUAACUCUUUAAUGUCUCAUACACAAAAUAACAACCAACUGAAAUUUAGGGUAAGGUAACGUAUUGUAUAAUUUCAAAAAAUAAACGGAUGAAAUAUAUAUGUAUAAAACUAAAUUGCAAUCUAUGGUGCAAAAGUGUACUGGAAUGUUUUCAGUAUGCGGACUAAGCUACGUUGUACAUUGUUACAAGUUGAAUAACAGCUUAUUAGUAGCCUCGUCACUGCUUGUAUAAUUAGAACAUGCGAGAAACGGUCAAUGGGUUUUGACAACAUGAUACUAAAAUAUGCAUGCACUGACGAUAACCACCCCUCAUAAAUUAUGUUAUUAAUCCGUAAUUAAUGGGGCUUAAAAGUCAGCAAAGCAUUAGAUGUGUUCAGCAGUGUUUAGUAUCCACUUCUCAAAACCUGUUGGCAAUCUUUAAUACAUCAAUAUGAACCACGUGUUUUUGUUAUCUUAUUAUUUUGUUUAAAAGGGCAUCUGUAUGGUGUUUUUGGCUAUUUUCACAUUUGCUUUUGAGACAGACACCGAGGAGGGGAGGAGUGUCUUAUCACAGUUGUCGCAUUGUGACUGUGUAACCGGAGAAUAAAAUAAUAUAAAAUUUUCA